GUGAAGCGCCGGAUUUCCACUUACCGGCAAGCGUCAGUCAUAUAUUAUGCUAUCUACCGCGUGCAUGCCAACGUAUUAUCACGAAUCGAUCACCAAGUGCCUCGAACAUGCGGACAACGGCGUGACAAACGCAGGCAACGGUGCACGCCGUUUUGUUGAUACGUUGAGUUCUGUGUUCAGGCCGCGAAGGCCACCGCGUCCUUUCACGGUUUAGAAAUCGAUCCUCGUCGAUUUCGUGCAAAACUGCCGGAUCCCCGAGCCAGUGCAUACACAUUUUCGUGGAACGAUGACCUAAAACGUCAGCGUCCUUGACGGGAAAGUUCGGUAAAGUAGUAAACAAAAAAAGAAAUCAGAGUCGUCGAUUCGUCUCUAUUCGUUGCGAUUCGUGCAUCGGAGUAUCUACCAUUUCCCGUGAAUGUGUCUCCGAAUGGUCGAUACCGUAGGUACAAUAUCGAUUGUGUCGUUCGUCGUGAGUUUCGAACUGUUGGAUCGCGCGUGCAUCGCCCCCUGUCGCACGGUGUAAUCGAUCGAUCGACUUAUAUCGUUUACGGAGCCGCGUUGACGCGUGUUCGGAGUGGUGUUUCGUCGUGGAAAGCUGGAAACAGUCGUGAAGAAACUAGUGCAAAUGAUCGUUACGCGUGACCAUUCGGUGCGAGAUACUUUCGAGCGCGUAACAAGACGCCACGGUGUCCCGUGAAUAAUCGGUGCUGACGAACGAUAUAUAUCGAUUUUAUCGGGUGGUCAACCGAGAAAGUCGUUCAUUAGCAGAUCCGACGAAUAAUGUCGACGGGCAAGAGGCUGGCGAAACGCAGCAUAAUCGGCACCAGAGUGUGUGCUCCCGGCGAGGACGGGAAGUAUUAUAGCGGCGUAAUUCACGCCGUGAAAACGCCGGCGUCAGCCGCCUCCGAGUCAGGCCUUAGCAUUACACCGAAGACUCGUUACUCUGUGCGGUUCGAUUCCGUGCCUGGUGGACGUCCACCGAGUCCCAGCACCGAAUACUCCGAUCGGGACCUGAUCGGGCCAGGUUUCGGUUCCGUCACCACCGCGCGACUCGUGCCUGGACAGAAAGUUUAUUUGACGUACAACGGACGGGAAAUUCACGCCGAGAUCACGCAGCAUCGCGAGCAUCUCGACGAGGUGGACGUAAUCAUUGCUCCCAACGGACAAGAGACGAUGAGCUUGACCAAACGUAUAGACGAGGUCAGGUUGCUCGAGUCACGUAAGAGCGCUCGGCUGGCUGAUCAGGAUACCGAUUUCGCUAGGCUCGCCGAUAUGGCUGGUGACCGCAAACGGGCCUCUUCCCACUCCAUCGACGUGCCACACGUGAUCGGAUCCAGGAAGCGGCGACCAAGCUCGAGCAACGAUUCCGAACGGUUGUACAGCGGUUGGAACGAGCGAAUACCCCAUGGAUGCGGUCGCGAGGGUUGUCGUACCAACGAGCGCGGCGACUGCAUGGACGAAUGCACCGCCGCGCUGGUCCUCAUGUCGCUCUCAUGCUCGCCACACAGUCCUCACAAUCCCCUGCCACUUCACUGCCAAAACAAUUACGGUUCCUGGGGAGGUCGAGGAGGAGGGGGUGGCGGCGUCGUCGCCGGCUCACCAGGAGUCGGCGGCACGUCGAACAGCAGCAGCAGCAGCAGCAGCGGGGCUUCAUGGCGAAGUGGCACCCCCAGUCCACCCCUCAGCGACGAAGGGGCACCGACAACGGGCUCUCUAUGGCCGACACCGGCUCAUCCUGCGCACAAUCAGCAACACUACCCCUACAACGUGUCCGGCUCGUCGUCGAGCAGCACCCCUGGCUCGACCACCACCCUCGACGAGGGCAUAGUCCCCGAUUACCUCGAGGAGCAGCACCCCCGCAAGAAGAAGAUCCGAGCGAAAGGGAACCGCGACCCCAUCGAGAACGGACCCACGAACUGCGCGACCUACGAGAGCGAACAGCCAAAUGCGGCGGUGGUGUUCAAAUGCAUAUGGAAAGGCUGUCUGGAGAUCAAAACCACCGUAGCGCUGAUCGAGGAGCACGUGCGCCAAUCGCACUUGGGGCCGAAAAUAUCGAAAGGCAACGAUAGCGACGACAUGUCCGAUCACGAGGAGGAGUUCUACUAUCAAGAAGUCGCGAUGGAUCACAUGAGCUCGCCGCCGACGAUGUCACACCGGGACAUGGCCAGGCCCCCUCACGAGGAUCCGGAGUACCAGAAGCAGCUUCGUCUGGAGGCGGCCCCGGCGACGAACAACGCUGAGAACGUGCUGGUGGGAAUCCGGGAACGGAACACGGCGUUCACUAUUUCGCAAUCCCCGGGCACACCUAUCAAACACAUAAAGCUGUCGCCCCGGCCGUUCCAGGCGUACCAACAGAACAUGGGCCUGCUGACGGUGUCCACGGGCAAGAUGCCGUCCUCGCCGCGUCGAAUACGCGGCGAGACGAAGAAGUGCCGCAAGGUCUACGGUAUGGAGCAUCGGGACCUUUGGUGCACACAGUGCAAAUGGAAGAAGGCCUGCAGCCGUUUCGGCGACUAGGCCAAGGGAUCGACCCGCUCGUACGUCCGCGAGCGGAGAUUGUCGCCGUGCCGACCCCAGAGUUUGCCAAUGCUACGUUAAAAAUGAGAACGAAAACAAAACAA